AGAUCGCAGGAUAUACGUCAUAUGUGAGCGACCCUUUUGAAUGGAGGAUGAGAAGUACUGGGUAGCGAGAGUUACUUCAAAACAGGUCAAUUUCUGAUUUCAUACGAACAUCAUCCACAUUGGAGGCUGCAGAAAUUAGAUAUUAUUGAAUUCUAGAGACACGCAAAGAUUUUUGGGAGAAUGGCGGUGAAGUCGGGAGAAGAGCGGCUCAAGGAGAUGGAGGCCGAGAUGGCUCUGUUUGAGCAGGAGGUGCUGGGUGGUUCAGUGCCCAUGGCCCCAGGAAGCCCAGCGGUGGUAGAGGCUGUCCCCGUGGCCCUGGCAGUGCCUGCCAUGCCUGUCGUUCGUCCCAUUAUUGGCACCAACACCUACCAGCAGGUCCAGCAGAGCCUGGAGGCCAGAGCUGCCACCUUCGUGGGGCCCCCACCCCCUACCUUUGUAGGCCCAGGCGUCCCGCCCCUCAGGCCGCCCAUGAUGAGGCCAGCGUUUGUGCCACACAUUCUGCAGAGAGCAGGAGGUCAGAGAAUGCCAAUGAUGCGUGGACCCCCUCCUCAGGGCAUGAUGGCGCCCCCCUUGCCACGACCGCCCCCUCCGCCACCCAUGAUGAUGGCCCCGCCCAUGCAGGGACCCCCCCAGCACCACAUGGGGCCCCCCCAGCACCACAUGGGCCCCAUGGGCACGAUGCCACCGGUGGGAGGAAUGAGCCCCAUGGUGUCAGUGCCUCCACGGCCAGCCGUCCAGGCCACGCCGAAACUCACCCCGACGGUGAUCCAGGCAGCCCCCACAGUGUACACGGCCCCCCCCGCGCCCAAGAGGCCCGACAGCCGGGCCCUGAGACAGGCACGCAUGGAGGAGCUGGCUGCAGCAGUAGCGGAGCAGCAGGCUGCAGUGGUGGCUGCUGGGCUGCUGGAUGCUAAGAAGGAGCCUGCCUUGGGGGAGGAGAGUGUGAUCGGACCCACAUUACCGGAGCCAGAGCCCAGCCACACCGAGCCAGCAGAUGGCAGCGCUGAGGACAAGAAGAAGGGGAAGCAGGAGAAGGUGAAGAAGUGCAUCCGCACUGCUGCGGGCACAUCCUGGGAGGACCCCAGCCUGUUGGAGUGGGAAGCAGAUGAUUUCCGGAUCUUUUGCGGCGACCUUGGUAACGAGGUCAACGAUGACAUCCUGGCCAGGGCCUUCAGCCGGUACCCCUCCUUCCUGAAGGCCAAGGUGGUCCGGGACAAGCGCACGGGGAAGACCAAGGGCUACGGCUUCGUCAGCUUCAAGGACCCCAACGACUACGUGCGCGCCAUGCGAGAGAUGAACGGGAAGUACGUGGGCAGCCGGCCCAUUAAACUGCGCAAGAGCAUGUGGAAGGACCGCAACAUGGAGGUUGUGCGCAAAAAGCAGAAGGAGAAGAAGAAGCUGGGACUCCGAUAGAAAGAGCUUUGUGUAUAUAUAUGUGUGUGUGUGUGUGUGUGUGUGUGUGUGUGUGUGUGUCCUGGGUACCUCCGCGGGCGUCAGCUGGACCCCUCAUCUGCUGUUGUGUUGG